AUGUCCAGAGCCCCCCCCCCCCCAUUACAUCAGAUGUCAAGAUCCCACACCCUCCCUAACAUCACUGUGCACCCUUUGGGGGCAGAGCUGGAAAGCAGAAAGUGCAGGGUCUGGAGGAGGAUCAGAGGAGGAGUGAAGUCAGUUACCAGAGUCUGCUAAAUGCUGAGACCAGGGGAGGCAGAGAUGAGGGGGUGCUCCAACUGCACUGAGAGGUGCAGGAUUUGGCAGAUUUGUUCUAUUCUCCUCUCUGCUGGGGACUGCUGAGACAAGGUAGGGGCAGAGACAAGGGGGUACCUGCAGGAGAGGUGCAAGGGCCACAUGAAAUGGCCUGGAGGGCCAGAUUCGGCUCAUGGGGCCUUGUAUUUGACACCU